GCGCUCAUAAAGCUCCUACUUUAUUAAUUUAGCUUCUUAUUCUCUCUCUCUCUCUCUCUCUCUCUCUCUCUCUCUCUGUUUUUGUGUAUGCUAAACCUCAGGCUAGUUGAUGUGAUUCUCCAAAAACCUUUACAAAAGAAGAAAGAUCAAGAGUUAACCAUGGAUUUUUCUUCAAUUCCAGCUUAUCUUGAUUCAGCCAACUGGCAACAGCAUCAAAACCAUCAAAUUGGAAGUAGUUCCACAAACUCUUUACUUCCACCUGCACCACAGACUGCGCCGCCUCCACCACCAGCCCGGCAGCUGCCACAUGCCACCGGUGGUUCAGGAUCUAUUCGGCUGGGAAGCAUGGCUGAACGAGCCCGGUUAGCCAGCAUACAGAUGCCAGAAGCUGCCCUCAAAUGCCCUCGAUGUGAAUCCACAAAUACAAAGUUUUGCUAUUUCAACAACUAUAAUCUUGCGCAGCCUCGACACUUUUGUAAGAGCUGCAGAAGGUACUGGACUAGAGGCGGCGCUCUGAGAAACGUCCCGGUUGGAGGUGGUUGUAGGAGAAAUAAAAGAAGCAAAGGUACUAAUACAAAGUCUCCUGUCAACACUGAGGGGCAAAUUACCUCCUCCAGUUCUACAAAUCCCGUUUCCUCUGACAAUGGAACAACCAAUCCAUUAGGCCUCACCCCUCAAAUUCCGCCUCUUCGGUUUAUGUCUCCUUAUUUGAGUCAGUUCACUGAUAACUACAGUACAGGAGAUAUUAGCUUAAGUUACGGUGGAAAUGCAGCUCCGGCGAUGGGAACAAACGAUAGGAAUUUUCCAGUAGAAAGCAACUUACUUUGUGGUCAGAUGGGUGGUGGAGUGACUUCUGUAUUAUCAAGUGGUAGCAUUGAGCAGUGGCGGCUGCAGCAGCAAUUCCCUUUCUUGGGUGGUUUGGAUCCAUCUCCUUCCGGGCUUUACCAAUUUCAAGGCGGAAUGGAGCAGUCGAGUUUUGUUGGUGAUCAUACCAUGAGGCCUAGACUUUCUAGCUCAAUGUUGACUCAACUUGCAUCAGUGAAAUUGGAAGAAAAUCCCAGAUUGUCAAGGCAAUUUAUGGGAAAUGAUCAGUGGAGUGCUGGUGCUGCUUGGACAGAUCUCUCUAGUUUUAACUCUUCCUCCACAAGCAAUCCCUUGUAAAAUCUAUAUCGUCUUUGGUUUAUGAUCUGCAUAUGUCUCAUCACGAAGCUUAAGAACUUAUCUGUAGAGCUUCAAGUGCAGAAAUUUACUCUUGGAACAAAGAUCAUGAAGUAGUAUGGCUAGCUAGAAUCUAAACCAAUAUCGAUCGAACUAUAAUUAAGGGAUGAUCGAAGACUUUAUCUGCCUAAGAUCGACUGAAAACCCUAGGAUUAAUGGUAAUUUUUUUUUUUUUGUCAGCUUUCUUUGUGAUGCUUGAUUAGAAUGUUAGACAAGUGAGUGUUUGGAUUUCUUUAGCUUUUUACACAUUCUAGAGAUGAAGGCCUAAUGUUUUUAAAGAAUGUUCCAAACUUUCAUUCUCAUUUGAGUUUCUUAAAUUAUGUAUGUUUGUACAGGAUACGAAUUUUAGUAUUUUUAUGGUCAAUUAGGUUUCCUUCU